AUGUCUCAAACCUCAUCUCACGCUCAAGGUUCAGCACCAAAAGAAGAUACUCCAUGGAACCAUGAUUGGUCGAGCGACAGCUACCGAUCUUCGACCCGAUGUGCGGCGUUGGAUAGCCCCAAUGUCUCGCCCAGAAGCAAACCGACGGGGAUGGGUACUACCGAUUCGAAGAAUCAACCUAAUGCUUCGGAAUCGCCGGACAUACCUCAAAUCUGCAUCCAAGAUACCAGCUCAGAAGCUCAAUCGGGGUGCUUGACUACCCAACUGGCGUUGCCGAAGUAG